AUGUAUUCUCCACCCACCCCAGAAGAGAUUAAUGAAAGACAGGAUCUGUUCAGGCAGUUUCUAGAAGGACACCCAGAGCCAGUGAUUGAAGGCCCAAAGAAAGAAGCAAUUGAGAAAGUUUUUUUCUUCAAUGACCAGCAGUUCAGCGAAGUGUGUGAAGACCUAAAGGAAGAAAUAUUAAGAAGAAAAAACAAUGGAACCAUUGAGUUCAUUCCAAAGUAUUCCCUAAAAAGAAACACCAUUAGAGAGCAGAUUUCACUGCUUGAAGAGGAAGAAUUAAAGUCCUUAGUAGAAGACACAUACCUAGUGCUUAAACAUAAGAACGCAAAAUCCCCAGAAGAUGAGCUGCCCUGUCUAAAUUCACUCGUCCAGAGUCUGGAAGAAAUCAUAGGAAAAAAUACCAGCACAUAUAAAGGAACGGUUAACAACCAGAACUCACCAUCCGCGAUAAUCAUUGCUGUGGAAAAGCUAAGAAAAGAUCUGGAAAUAGAGGCGGCGGCAGAAGGAAAGAUAGAAAUACUUUUGAACAUGAUUGAUAAGCAGACUUCUGACCUAGCCACACAAGAGCUACUGGACUCUGCACACGCACAGUUGAAAAUUAUUAAAACCCAAAAACAAGCUAUGGCAACAGAAAUUCUUACGCUUAAAAAUGAGAUUAACGACAUGCACAUUGAAAGAGACAUGGAAACCGAAACCACUGCGUAUGAAGACACUGUGGAUAGUGUAGUAGAAAGGAUUACCUCGCACUUCUACGAGAUAGAGUAUAUUCUAUCUAAUAACGGAGGUGCAGGCCUCUCUAAAUGCCUUGAUCUUUUGAACAAAGAAAGAGAAACACUUUUAACUCUGUCAUCUACGAAAGAGAUUAAAGAUCUGGGUAACAUACCAAAAACACUAUCUGAAAAGGAUCUACUGCCAAAGAUAGCAGAGUACUAUUCUGCAGUUUUAACACUCUUCCCUAAUUAAUACGCUAAUACCCAAACUAAACAGCUAAAUAUUAGAGAAUACGCCAUCUUAGGCUUACAACGAUUCAAAAAAGAAUUUUCUCUGCUCGCUGG